CGGACUGUACAAGUUAGUUAUCUGGUAAUUCUGGUUUAUGCGACUGCGAUAUUUCUGAUAUCAUUCUGAGUUUCUAAAAGCCUGUAAUUUUCACUUUUUCAGGCGUUUGCGAUAAGCUUGCGUGCUGCUGGCUAGCAUUCCACCGGGACUACAAGCUCUCCAAUGGCAGAGACCAGUCGUGCAAACUGGAUCGAAGAUAAUGGCUUCCGUACACUGGAUGAUCUGCGCUUGGCUCCUCUGUCAGUCAGUAGUAAUUCGCCACCCACCCUUGUACCAGUGACGAGCCAGGAAAGACCCAAGAUCGCCAACUUCGAUGCGAGCACAUUCCGGGAGAAGCUCUUUCAACUGGUUCCUGUGUUCCAGCACAUUAGUUUAAAAGGAAUAGCCACUGUGGGGGACUUCUUGGUGGACGCGCUCUUAGACCGCACACCAGACACCAUCCAUCUGGUCUUAAUGCUGGAGAAAAGUACCGAGGAUUUCGGUGCAGCCGCCGUGUCCACAGCGCUGACCGAACGCGCUCGGGACUUCGUCGAAGAGCUGCUCCAGUUAACGGAUCCCGAGGAGGUAUCCGUGGCGCGCUGCCGGGGUGUGCACACCAUCGAAGCGCCAUGCCUGCCGUUCCCGGUGCGGUUGGCUUGCUAUGACAAUCUGACGGCGUGGUUCGAUACCACCGAUAUCAGCUGUGCUGAGAUCGCCUACUAUCGCCACGAAGUCGUCAUGUCGCAACGCGGUCUGGAUGGUCUACGGAACAUGCGUUUCGUCAUCGGACGGGAAUACUACAAAUCCCGCAGCAAGAUGCAGCGUAUUGUCCGGUACUUCCAGAUGGGAUUUGAUAUCGUAUUGGAGCAUUUAAAGAUGAACCACGUCACCGAGAUUCCGCGUCCGGUUGAUGGUACCGAUACUGUGCUCCCGCUUCCGUAUUUGACGAUAACGUUCGAGGGAACCGAAGGGAAUAAAAUUCUUGUCAAUACUCUCCGUCCUGCAGAUGAAGCAGAGGUUUACGCUAAUAUGGGUGUGGAUGACGCCGUUCCACUGGAAAACCAACAGAAAUAUUGGAUCGAACACAAUAUUUACUGGCUUAUCCACAAAAAAUACAGCGAUAUGGUGUUUUACGGAAAGGGCCGGAAUGUUCUGGAAUCUGAAGCGUUUUCGUUACAACUAGCCUUAACGCCGGAAAUCAUUGCUGAGUUUUAUGAGGUCUUGAGAAUGGAAUUGGUGGAACAGGCUGUACAGGGUGUUCGUAUUGAUCCGCUGGUGCUGCAGGAAUACAUUAUAGUGCGAAGCACCACUCAGAUUUGUCUGGGUCUGUUUGCGCACGUGGAGAUCCAAUGGAAUAAUUCACCGGAAUCGGGGGCGCUGUGGAUUUCGGAUGAGUUUGUUCCGCAGUUGCAGGUUUAUCUGGAUUGGUUGAUAGCAGAACAUGCCAGAGCAGCUCAGCGCUGCCUAAUCGAUUUUGCGGACCUGGUUAUGGAUGGAUCCAUCCAUUCCCUUGUAAGUGAGCGUCGUAACGAAUUUUCCACCAAAUCCCAGUGGUAUGGGCGUGUUUGGCGACUGCGGUUCUUUUAGGCCUACCGUGCUGGUCUUUCAAAGUGUUAAUCUUCGGUUAAUGAAAUCGUGUGAUAAGUAGAACUGCUUACAAAUUAUCAUAAAGUUAAUAUUAAUUUGCUCACUUGGACCGUAUUAGUUGGCCCACAAUGGGCCAAUGUCAAAACGACGGCGGAAUUUUCUGCCGGCGGAAAUUUUGUGCGGUCAAAACGCCGGCGGAAAUUCUCGUGGUCAAACUGCCGGCGGAAUUUCCUGAACAUGCAUUUUUUACGGAAAUCACAAAUUGAUACAAAACCAAGUUAUUGGUAAACUAAUUCAUGCAGUAAGUACAAGCUGGAAAUUCUAUGUACUGUAUUAAGUAUCUAUGUAUUCUGGUCAAACAUCCUUCUGCUACUGCAAGUUUCAAAACAUGUUUCAUCGUUCGGCAGAUAAACAGUCAGCAAUAACAAACGAGAACAACAACUUUGAAAAAGUAGAAAAAUUAAAAAAAGCACCAGCAAACCAAAAACACACUGAUGAAAGAACAUACGUACGUGCUCGAAGACCAAUCAGCCAAUCCUAACUGGGCCGCUAAACAGCUAACAAAAUAACAAAAAAAACACAGUGACAAAAGAACAUACAUGCCUUGAAUUCACCACUACUGCAGCUAGCGCCUAUACAGACUGUACAUAUAUGCGGCCCGAUAAGGAGGCUUAUAUCUAUAUUAAUAACGGCGCGCCCGAAUCUAUGUAAGGUACAUUUUUCUUCCAAAAUUGUUUUUAAAUAUGCACAGUAAAUGAAAUUAAAAAGUUACCAAAAUUCCGCCGGCGUUUUGCCACACAAAAUUUCCGCCGGCAGAAAAUUCCGCCGUCGUUUUGACCACACAAAAUUUCCGCCGGCAGAAAAUUCCGCCGUUAUGUUUCUAGAAGAUUUCAGCUAUCACGCAGUGAAUUCCCUAAUAAUGAUAUUCCAUUGACUGUUCAAUAAUGAUAUUCCAUUGACUGUUCAAUAAAAAAGUACACAGGAUUUUGAAAUCAAGCGGUCUUAAAAAUGAACUAUAGCGUGUGAAUCGGCAUCUACAGAGUACUUGUUGCUGUUCUGAGCAUUAAAAGCAUGCCUAAACGGUGAUCGACAGACAUACUGUAUUGAAGUCAAAUGCAAUACUAUAACUGAUUCACAGAAAAGUCGUAUAAUAAUAGUCUGCAUAAAAACCAGUGAACCGCACAUUUCAUUUCCAAUCCCAUUUAUCUGACGUUAUGAAUACAGUCGAUAUAAAUUCCCGCGACUCGGUAAUCAAAUGCGCUUGAGUCUUGUAAUUCACGGAUGGUGAUUUACAAAAUCUUUUAUAGCGAAUUCCCUAAGCGAUGGAUUUCCUUGUUGUCGAUAAUAUGCACUCCCGCCGGUUCGUUGCUGAUGGUGCUGGCAACCAUAGCUUUAGCGAGAAAUUCAAUGGGCACGGAUAUUGCGGUCGGAAACAUGCACGUCACUGGUUUAAUCAUGGCGACCAUCUAUAAAAUACUGAAUUGUGUCGGUAAAACGAGGCUGGAAGGGGAUGGAAAAUUAACUGUAAAGGAUCAUGCUUGACACCUUAUAGAUGAGUAUCUGUACUUCUACAGACACUGUAACUAUUAACGCCAUUUGGAAUGUCUUGACAAUACGUAAGAAGCGUACGUCUUGACAAUACGUAAUCUCGAAGCGCUCGUGGACGUUGGUGUUUCGCAUGAGCGCGGCCAAAUCAUUGCAAACCUACCACUUUCUCCAUGGGGCGCCGCUCUGCACGAUCCGUUAAUAAAAACCUGCGAAAUAAGAUUUUGUAGGGCGUAAUCAGGUUGUACCUAGAAGGUAUGAACUGGUGCAACAUACCCAGGUCGAUAAAUACUUGUGCGCUCAAAACCUAGUUCGCUGACUUCCCGAUCCGUUUGGCCCUUCAGAAAGAACAAGUAAGUUAACAGGGCUUCUUUAGAUGAAACACCCACGCCGUGGAAAAAUAUGCAACGAUUAUCUUUUGCACAAAUGUGUACCUUCACGCGGUUGUAAAGCAAAUGGCUGUUUUCGUCCACGCUUGCUGCAGAUAUCAGGUGGAAAUGCUUGGCACCGCCGAGUUUCGAUGCUUUGGCAACGCUCAGUGUGUAAUCGUGCUCGAUUUUUAUAAAACCUUCCUGAAAGAAAAAUGAUAUACACAGAUAAUACACACCCUCUAUACAUCAAGUCAUUAUCCGAGGUACAAACUACUUUAUUUUAGCACGUCUGACACCUUGUGGGCUGCCGGAAUUAUUUUGCGAAAUUACCACAAGCACGUUAUUCUGGUGUAAUGAGUAUAUUUUCAUUCUGCUGUGAAUGUUACAGAUCUGUUCACGAGCAUUACUUCAUUGCAUCGUGAGUUUUCCAUCCACAGAUUAAAAUUAAACUAGGAAAUUGCACUCGUUUUUUUAAGGCAUGCGUAAAAUUUUUUUUAAAUAACGCAGUAGCAUUGUUGCAACCGAUUAGCCGCACUUCCUCCUACCUUUCCUGAUUUGCCCCGGGUAGUUCCCAGACAGCUGUAACCCACAUCAAAUCCUUCGAAAUCCUUCUGGUGUACUUCAUCAAUUUUGUCGAAAUCGAUAAUGCGCUGCUCCUGAAAUUUUUAUUGCCCAUAUGUAAAAAUCUGCAAGGUAUGUUUCUUUAGAGCUUCAGUGAAAACCCGCUACGUUUCGCACAGAAAUUCGAGAGACUCAUGAUUGAGCAGAUACGUGAAUAAUUCUUUUCUUUCAAAAUUCUACAUAAUUAAUGGAACAAAAAAUUUUUCCAUCAGUAAACAUGGUUUUGAUAACCGAUCUUGCACAUCACUUACUGCGACACCGUAGUUUUAUGUGCAUGUGUACGGAAUUAAUAUGCGAAAUUAUAAGUAUUCACGUACGAUACGUAGGUACACACCUAUUACGAUCUCUGAAAAUUACACCUUACUGCUUUAUUAACACGUCUUUACACUUUUUUUGCACUUACAAGCUUUUUUAGUUCCUCAUCUUCAUACUCCAGUUUGCGCCUACUAAUCAGGACGAUCCGUGAGAAUGGCUUCAGUUUAAUGAGUUCCUUCAGCAGAGCCUUUCCGCUUUCCCCGCUCGCUCCCACAAUAAAACAGCUUUUAUUCAGCUGACGAAAAUUCUGCAGAAGAGCAUCCAUUUUGCGAUAUAUUUUUGAUUGCGAGGAAUCAAACUACAAAAAUACAGUCGGUAUGCAACGGAGAAAUAGAACAAAUUUUUCAAGAUGCGCGAUCGAUAUCCCAGCGCUGUAACAACAGCAAGUCAAGGUAUUAUGCAAUAGAUGGAGCUGCUAUCCAGUUUCCAGUCGGUUGUGUACCGGCGCUCUUACAAGCUGAUGUCAGCAGUAUUUGCCUGGUGAUGGCGGAUGUAAGGCGAGCGCUGAGCAGAUGUCGGUCAAUGUUGUACGAUGGGAUAUUGAUAACAGACAACCGGCAAAGAAAACAUAUCAAAACGUACGAUGCCGGCACACACUAAGAACACUCCAGAAGACCGGCAAUAUUUAUCUAGCGAUAAUGACACAGCUGAUUGUUAAGACCGUGUAAACAGAUGUAACCAGCGCAGCACUUUGCCAGCGUUUACUGAUAUUCAUUAUACUCCAGAGCACAGAUACCGUAACUCCAAAAUUUUACAUAUGUUUAGUGACGCUUUGUUUGAAAAAGCCAACGAAACACUUUACGAAGAGUUCUAGUUUUGUAGUUCUAGUUUCAUAGUUCAUAGAUCUAACUGCUGAGGCUAAGAUGAAACAAUAAACGUUUUAAGUACAUCUUCUUUACAGAAAAACUUGAAGCAUUCAUGAUACUGACGAGCUUUCAAGACAAUUACUCAUUGGUUUAUGGUUGUGAAUUCCAAUUGUGAUAACCGACAUUUCACUGCACAUACUAAUAGGAUUAGUACUUGUAGCCCGGUUGGCAGACGUUUUUGCCAUAGAUAAACUGCUGCACAUCUCGUCAUUCUCACAGUUGGAUUUAUUUUUAUUUUAUUGUGUCUGCAGUUAUUUACGAGCCUUGUUUUGUGGUUAAAUCAAUUGCGUAGAUCAUGGACAAGUUGAUCGUAUUGCUGCUUUGCUUAGGGGUCAUUAUACAAGUUGUUCUUUCUCUGGAAUGCUACUCAGGCAGCACCCCGACCGAAACCGUAACCUGUCGACGAGGCGAAGUGUGCUUCCGACGAAAAAAGCGAGGAGCUUUUAAACAUGGAUGUUCCGGGAAACCGAAGUUGAUGGGAUGUACAAUCGAGACGGACACCGAAAAAGACCUUUGUUAUUGCGACUGGGAUUUCUGUAAUCGCGAGAAAAUCUUGUACUCGCGCAAGCCUACCCAGUAAUUCCAUUUUUAAGUUGUCAAUACAAGCACUAACCGUAUUUUGCAGUAGCUACAGAGUGCAGAUACGUAUGCUUUACUUGUAUAAUACAUAGUACUAACGUUUGCUGUUAAUGAUGCAUUUUGUGUCUUUAUAAUAGAGGAAUUUUCUGUAUUUCUUGUGAGCAGUGGUUAAUUCUAAUAUCAACUUUUGCAUGACGUGAAUAAUACCGAGGAGAAGCGUGUGAUUAUUAAUUUUUAUAUGCUUACCUGUUUAUGUAUGCAAUGUGUGGUCGCAAGAAAAACUAGCCUACAUGG